CAAAGAACGUUUCAACCUUUUAUCUUUUAUGUUUUCUUCUUCUCCCUUCAAAAGCAUAAUACUAGUAUAUUUUACCCAUUUACAGUAGGGCUUUCCCAUGAAAUUUGUCUUUCUCUUGAUCGAAACUAUACUACCACUGCUCAUUUAAUUCCAAGAAUGAGUGAAACAAUGGAUGAAUGGCACGUUUCUCAAAGUGAUGAAGAUUACGGAGCUGCAGAAGCACACAGCGACCGACUCAGUGAUUUACCCGACUCUUUAAUUCUCACCAUUCUUUUGUUGUUGGAUAUGAGAGAUGUUGUUCGGACAUCCCUUCUCUCCCAACGUUGGAGAAAUCUCUGGUCCACCAUCCCCUGCCUUGAUUUCUUCGAACAAACUCCAACUAUUAUAUCUAGUGUUCUUGCACAAUGGAAAGGUCCCAAGAUUCUGAAAUUCUGCUUAUCUUUCCCUCGUUACAUUGUGGGCCCUAGUAGUGUUAUUGAUUCAUGGCUUCUUUUUGCUAUCGAGAAACAUGUGGGAGAACUUUUUUUAUAUUUUUCAUAUUGGAGAGAUGUUGAUAGUAAUGGGAAGGGUAGAUACUGCUUACCUCAGCCCUUGUAUUCAUGCUCGUCGAUUACAAAAUUAACUCUUUUGAGUUGUAAGCUGAGAAUUGAGGAUAAUGUGCAGUGGAAUCAACUCAAGAGAUUAGAGAUUAGAUAUCCGGAUGGGUUGAGUGGUGAUGCCAUGAACCAAGUUCUUAUGGGUGCUCCUCGGUUGGAAGAGUUGGUUUUGUGCAGUUUUGAAAUUAGUGAAAACUUCAUUAUCCAAUCUAUUAGUUUGAAGAUGCUCAAGAUAGAGACGGAUUGUGUUUGGCCUCAAACUAUAGUGAUGAGAAUUUGGGCCCCUAAUCUCUUGGCUUUUAAAAUUGACGCUAGUUUUCAUGGUAAUUGUUUGUUGGAUGCCCCCUCUUUGACUCAUGCAAUUCUUUGUUUGCGGAGCAAGGUAGAUGAAGCAACACAAUUUGUCAUGUUUAAUCAAUUUUAUCGAAGCAUCCGCCAUGUUAAGAAGCUCACGUUGUCAUAUUCGUGCAUUCAGUGGCUUCUCACCAUGAAGAAGAAAGAUAUGGUUGUUCGGUUCCCAAAUGCUGAGCUUCUAAAACACAAAAGCAUAUGCACAUAUUUUGGUUUUCUUGAUCUCCUUGAUCUUCUUGAGAUGUUUCCUAAGCUUAAGACGUUAAGUUUUCAUCGAAAACGCCAGGAUGAUGUUUCCAUGUUUAUGAGUCUUGAGACGACAUUGCCCAGGCCCUCACUCUCACUGCUCCAUUUACAUACAGUUGAUAUGACUUGGUUUCAAAGAGACCCUUCAAUUAUACCAUUUAUAGGAUUUCUCUUGCAAAAUUCUCCCUCGCUUCACAAGAUGGUGUUUCGUCUAGUAAAUUUCACAGAUGAUCACGAGCAGUUUCUAAUGAUACAAGAGAAGAUUUUGGCAAGCACGAAAACAUUUCAGAUUUUGGCUGCGGAGGGAGCCCAAUCAACACUAGGAACAAAAGCUGGUGAGUUGUUUAGACUUCAGCACAAGAGCCGGCGCAGUCGGCAGUCAAAAAUCUCUCUCACCCUUCCAGACCUGCGCUGCAUUUACCCGUGCUCGGAGCUCCUGACCUUCUCUUCCAGCAUACUCCGCGCCACCACCUUCCUCCUCCGCAAGGCUUGCAUCGCCGACAUCCGCUUCGUCAUCCACCACUUCCCCUACCUCCUCACCUGUAGCAUGGAGCGGCAGCUCCGCCCCACUAUCUACUUCCUCCAAGGCUGCUUCGAAAUUAGAGCUCAGAAAGUGGGUGGAGUUGUGUGUUAA